CAAACCACAUCCUGCCUGGACACAAUGUCAGCAACUUUAUUUCGACUCGAAUCAAAACGUCAGAGUUAACGCCGCCAUGGACAGACACUACACCUUUAUCAGGUUUAAUGUGUCUAGCGUGUUAGAUUGUUUUACAGAAUGUCAUAAACAUUGCCGAUGCCAGUCGUUUAACUUCCACGGUAGUUACUGGUCAGCGGGGACGUGUGAACUAAAUGAUGCUGAUGCUUAUGAUGACAAAGUGUCAAUCAUUGCGAAGAAUGGAUGGCUGUUCUACAACCUUGACAGACAGCUUCCUGUCAACUGUAGAGAAUCCGAGUCGAGAUGCUGUUCUACCAGCCAACCGUGUGAGAACAACGGCCAAUGCUUUUCUACCUGUGAACCGCUGGGCAGAAGAUAUCGCUGUAAAUGUCCGUAUGGUACUAAGGGUGAACGCUGUCAAAUAAGAACCAAUGAUCGAUAAGAKUGAUAUAUCGUAGCUUAAAGUCCAACCACGCCCAACGACUUAAUGUCAUUAGCCAGUAGUUCCUUAGCAACGAUACCACAUUGAUCGUCAUUCAGGAAAGUAAGGCUGACGUCGGGAAGUAUAGAUUUCAAUCAGGGGAAAAAUAAAUUACUUCAAGUGGCUCUAUCGUCCCAACCUGAUAUGCAAGAGAUUAUCGUUGCUUGUCUCAAUGAUCCAAAACGUUUUCAUUCAUUUCUUAUCAAACAAGUGUGGACAUUACACAGAAGGGCGAGUUGCUUAAACCUCGAUUAGCCGUUUAAUAGAAGUCCGUGAAACUUAGUGUUUUCACAUCUGAAAUAACAGAGCAGAUUUACAUAUAUAUUAGUGACAAAAACUACGGCACUUUGAGAUCAACUGCUGUUUCAAAUAUAACUCUGUGUAUUUAAUGGAGGCAUCUAUCUUCAGCACCCUCCCUUGCUAUCGAUCUAGUGUGUACUAAGAAUUACUCCAUAAACCAAUGAUAUUUGUUCUUUAUCCAGUAUUGAACAUUUUAAUAUUGAAACUAGGUCAUAAAAGUGUCUUAAAAAUGACCUUGCGUCUUGUGUGGUUAUUUUAGCUUUAGAUUUGUCUUGUGUCUUGAUUUUACAGAAGCGCGAAUAAAUAUUUUGUUAAAUGCG